GCGCGCGCACAGUCAGCGGCCGCGCGCAGCACGCCCAGAGCCGACAUGGCGGCGGCAGUGGCGGCGUCUGGAAGCGGGACGCCCCGCGAGGAGGAGGAGCCGGGGGGAGAGGCAGCGACUUCGCAGCCCCAAGUCCCGACAAAUGCGUCUGGGGCUCGUGGGGCUCGGCUCUCGAGGCUGCCUCUGGCGCGAGUGAAGGCCUGGGUGAAGGCGGCCCCCGACGUGACGCUGGCGGGACAGGAAGCCAUCUUCAUUCUGGCACGAGCCGCGGAACUCUUUGUGGAGACCAUUGCAAAAGAUGCCUACUGCUGUGCUCAGCAAGGAAAGAGGAAAACCCUCCAGAGGAGAGAUUUGGAUAAUGCAAUAGAAGCUGUGGAUGAAUUUGCGUUUCUGGAAGGCACUUUGGAUUGAUUGCUGACCUGGCAGUUCUGGGAGCCUUCCCCUGCAUCCUUCAGCUCACCCCCCUCCGUGGGUCUCAGCUCUGAAGCACAGUCUUCGCACUCAGUACGCUCAUCCUGAUCUGCCUUCUCUAAGCCGGGAUGAACAGAGAUCUCAUCUGUUAGCAUUUCUCUACAAGGUCUUCCACCGCGUGUCUUCCACUUUGGGCCUGGGUGUAGCUGCUCCUCUUUGGGAGAGAUGAAGAAUGUCAUCUGCGUAGGUGGCUUAUGAAUGAUGAGGACCAGAAUAAAGAAUUCUGCUCAGCUUCAGCCUA